GAAAUGAUUGCAAGGGUGGGCGUUAUCGCCGAGCAUUCUGGGACUUGCAGUUCAGCGGUGCGAACUACACUGCCCGUCAGGCUCAGCAGCUUCCGGAAGGGCAGGUGUCGGUCGGUCGGUCGGUCGGUCGGCCGGCGUAGCGGGGGUCCGCGCGCUGUCCUGGUUGAACCUCAAGCAUCAGAAGUCUCCAGAAAUUAGCAGAAAACUGAAGACUUAAAUGCUCUUGCAGUAGACGUUGUGAACAUGGAAGAAACUGAUAGGGAAGCUGUGUCGACAGCUGCACAGCGAGUGGCUGGAAUGCUUCAACGACCUGAUCAACUGGACAAAGUGGAGCAGUAUCGCAGGCGAGAAGCUCGGAAGAAGGCCUCUGUGGAGGCCAGACUAAAGGCAGCUAUCCAGUCCCAGUUGGAUGGAGUACGGACGGGUCUCAGUCAGCUUCACAAUGCUUUGAAUGAUGUUAAGGACAUACAGCAUUCCUUGGCAGAUGUCAGUAAGGACUGGAGACAGAGCAUUAACACUAUAGAGAACCUGAAGGAUGUGAAAGAUGCUGUGGUUCAGCAUAGCCAGCUGGCAGCGGCUGUCGAAAACCUGAAAAACAUUUUCUCGGUUCCAGAGAUUGUGCAGGAAGCCUAUGAACUAAUUGAACGAGGAGAACUGCUUUUAGCCCACCGAAAGCUGAUGGACCUAGAGUGCUCCCGUGAUGAUCUAAUGUAUGAGCAAUAUCGUAUGGAUAGCAAGAAUAUGCAUGAUAUGAAACUAAUUCGGGCCUAUUUUACUGAGGUGCAGAACCUCUCUGAGCAAAUGGGCAAGCAGAUUUGGAUGCUGGUACAAAGGUCCUCAGUGACAGUCCGCAGUGAUCCAGCCCAACUUGUCUCAAUGAUUCGAAUCAUUGAGAGAGAAGAAAAAAUUGAUAAGAAAAUGCUUGACCGGCAGAAGCAGACCGGGUUCAUUCCUCCUGGCAGACCAAAAGAGUGGAAAAACAAAUUGUUUGCAGUUUUAGAACAGACUGUUGCUAAUCGAAUUGAAGCCAGUCAGUCUGAUACACGAGAAUUAGAUAAAAUGUGGCUUGUGCGUCACUUAGAGCUCACACGCAAAUAUGUUCUUGAGGACUUGCGGGUCAUGAAGAACUUGAUGGUGCAGUGUUUUCCCCCUCACUACAACAUCUUCAGAAGGCUUCAGAAUUUGUAUCACCAGGCUCUAGUGGCACGUGUGGAAGAACUUGCAUCUGAGGAUCUGGAGGCCAAUGAAAUUGUUUCACUUUUGACUUGGGUUCUAAAUACGUAUCAGAGUGAGGAUAUGAUGGGACACCCAGAUCUUGCUCCAGAAGUAGACGUGAAGACCCUGGAACCGUUACUUUCAAAUGAUAUGGCCAAUAUGCUUCUCAGCAAAUACAUGACAACUCUUACUUCUAAUAUUAUUGGAUGGCUACGGAAAGCACUUGAAACUGACAAGAAGGAUUGGAAAAAGGAACAAGAGCCAGAAGCGGAUCAGGAUGGAUACUAUCAAACCACACUACCAGCUAUUGUAUUUCAGAUGUUUGAACAAAAUCUACAGGUGGCUGCUCAAAUCAGUGACGAUCUGAAACUUAAGGUGCUAACGUUGUGCCUUCAACAAAUGAACUCUUUCUUGAGCAGGUACAAAGAAGAAGUGACGCUAUAUAAAGAUGACCAUCUGAAAGAUCGUCAACAUCCUCAGUUCUACAUUCAAUAUAUGGUUGCAGUUGUUAACAACUGCCAAACUUUCAAAGAAUCUCUCAACAGUUUAAAGAGGAAAUACACAAAGUUCGAGAUAGAGAUGGAAGAAGAACAUUAUGGUAAUCAGCCGACAAUAGAGGGAACUCUGGAUAUUAUUGCCAAAGAUGGAUGUGCCUAUCUGCUAGAUGAAGUAUUCCUUGAUUUAGAGCCUCAUCUUCAAGAGUUGAUGACCAGAAAAUGGCUUGCUGGGUCUAAUGCUGUGGAUAUCAUUUGUGUUACCGUAGAGGAUUAUUUCAAUGACUUUGCUAAAAUUAAAAGACCAUACAGCAAGGACAUAACAAUAGAAGCUCAUAGAAGGGUUGUAGUGGAGUAUAUCAGAACUAUGAUGCAAAGAAGGAUCACGUUCAAAGGUUUGGAUGAACGCAGAGAAGGGGCUGAGAGAGUUAUAAAAGAUGCAGAGCAGUUUCGGUUCUUGUUUAAAAAACUUUCAGCUGGUUUUGGAGAAGACACUGAUCUGUUGUGUGAUGCUAUCCCAGCUCUAGCUGAAGUCUUAAAGCUCACCGAUCCAUCUUUAUUAUGUCUUGAGGUCUCUACAUUAGUUAAUAAAUUUCCUGACUUCAGGGAAGAACACAUCACAGCCCUCCUGGCGAUGAGGGGAGAUGCCAGCAGGGAAAUGAAACAAACGGUUAUUGAAACUUUGUGCCAAAACCAAGCUCAUCCUGGUCCUAAUUUUAAGCCAAUCUUCAAAGAUAUUUCAGCACAAAAUUUAACAUUGGCAAAAUUAGUGAAGUGAAAUGUUCAUUUUUGGAAGUUAAUGUAUACAGUAGACCUUGCUAUAGCAACACUUGGGAAGCAUCUAGAAAGUAUUAUGGAAAGUUGUAUUGUAAGCUUGAGUAUCCUUGGAAUAAUUUUUAUUUAAAAUAAUCAGUGCAAGUUUUUCUGACUGAAUUGUAAAAUGAGUGGACUCUACUAGCUAAAAAGAUGUGUGUUCAGCAGAGACAUUGUCUCACUGAGCUCCUUGGUUUGUCAGCUGAGCAUCUGGUAGUCUUCUGACCCUGAAAUAGAUCCAAGAGUGUAGGUGUAGCUUCACUACUUUUGUAACUAAAAGUAUUUUGAAACUACUUUGGGCCCAACAAGCAGGGCUAAACUGCUUUUCGUGAGCUUGUUAAUAAUGCAGUAAGAAUUAUAGCUCUGUCAAACUGACAAGCAACUUUGUAUGUAUUUUUGCCUUUUUGUCAGCAAUUUUGAGAACAAAUAAUUAAUGCCACAUUUUGGAAGACACAGAAUGAGGAAUGUAUUUUUAUGUAUGCACGUUUGUACAGGGUUUAAGGUGCAUAUCCAGAAGUAAAAUGGAUAAUUUUGCAGAGGGUUUUUAAUUCUGAUUGAAAUUGUCUUCUGUAAAAUAAGUUCGCAAAUGUACAUUUAACAUAAACUCAACAAUAGUUUGAUGGUGGACAUUUCAAAUGGUGUUUGUGGUGCUUGCUCUUUUUAAAGAAAAAUCGAAUUCAAAUAUGUAUAAAAUAAAGCAUGAGUAUAAAGGGUACUGUUACCAGCUCUGCCAUAAUGUGCCAUAAGUUUUUUUUUGUUUUUGUGCAUCUCUAAGUUUUAGGCAAUUAAUAUUUUAACAAAGUAAAUGUGUUACUCCAAUGGAUGAUUAAAAUAUAUGGGUAGAUGCCAGAUGGAUCUUAUUUUGUGAAAAGUUUUGAGUUGUGACCACUUGUGGAUUUGGGAGAACAGGACAGGUUUGACAUCAUCUUUAUCCAUUUUCUUUUUUGUUCUGAACUAUCUAUAAAGGGAUUGUAUCUUGAUUUGCUAUUGGACCUAGUUGAAUAGCAAAAAUUUUUAAAAGCCCAGCAUUGUAUUAUUCUAAUUUGAAAUCUGUACUGGGGGAUUAGUUCUUUGCCUAAAACCGGUUGAAAGUAGUGCCCUCAGCUAUUCAAAGUUCUUUAUUCAUGUACUGUGUAUUUAGGUUGGCUGUGAUGUCCAGUAAUUUGCCUUCCAGAUGUAAGUUAAUGGUAAAGUCCCACCAUUCAGUACCUCUUAGACAGCCAUUUCUAUUCCUGUCUGAUGUGGUAUUUCCCAGAAGGGUAAGCAUCUAGCUUUGGCUUGCUGCAUUCUGAUCUACGGUAUGUGUAGUUCAGUUUCCAUUUGUAAUAAUAUGCAAUGACUUCUCCUGAUUACCUGCAUUAUCAUCUCUUCAAGCACAAAGUCUACUAUGCAGCAGCUUAAUCAUCCAUGCUGAUAUUUGUAUUCCCAAAACAUCAAAUGAACAAACCUUACUCUUAGCCCUCAGCUGAUAACAACCAAUUUUCUCACGUGUCCCUAAUUAUGGCAUCUGGUGAAUGGUUUUUCCAUUUCUUUGUUGUGAGUAUAUAACCAUAAAACCAGAUUAAGAAGACCAAUCCUGUCCUCACUGACAAUCUCUACAGUACACUUUUCACCUGCAUGCAAUGUAUCACAAUGAAACAGAACCCCUUUUUCCAAUUGCAUAUGGUUCAAGGGUGAUAGCAUCAUCUUUGAGAGCACCUCAGAAUCUCCUACAAGCAAUUGCAUAUAUGAUUAAUAAUAUGGUUAAAACAUCUCAAUUAUGCAAUCAAAUACAUUAAAUAUAAAGCUUGUGUUUUGAAAAAUGUUCUAGACUUAAAGUACAAAUAGAAUUUUAUUAUGCAUGGAAAUGCAUAAACCACACUUCAUUAUAAGUAAAUAGUUUGAUUUUGAUGAAGCCAGUGGCAUCAUGUAAAUUCCACAAAGGAUGAUGAAAGCAACAAUUGUAAAAACAAGUUAGUUUAAACAAUCUUGAUGGUACAGUGGAGCAAUCAAUGAAAUGAUAGGAAUGCCAUGAUAGCAGGAGUGUAAGGGAGAAUAUUUCAGGCAGGUAUUAAGAGGAGUCAAAUACCUUUGCUAAGAAGGGAGGGUAGCAGGACUUUAAACUAAAAGAUUAAUACUGUGGUAAAUUUUUACAUAACAGGUAAUGAAGACAUUUCAUAUAGAGUUGCAGUUACAUUAACAAAUUUAUAUGUAGCAAGGUCCUGUAUUGUAGUAUUUUGCAUCCUGGAGUACAAAUAAAUGGCUCCUAUUUGCCAGUGCUUGUUUUUGCUGCUAUCUUGACUUCCUGCUUAAAUUUUACAAGACAACUUGUGAUAAUAGAAACUUGAUCUAUUAGUCCAUUAUCUUUGGGGUCUGGAAUGAAGCUGCAGCACAAUUAGCAUGGGACAUCCAGUCCCAAGGGGGAUUAAAAUGUACUUCAUUAAGCAGAGGAUUAAUUGCACCCAUUCUUCCUUCCACUCCAAAUUGGUUAACAAAAAUUUCUGACUUUCUCUGCUUGCCGCAUUGGUAUUUCAGUACUACAUAUGGUGGAAGUGGGGCCUCCUGGUGCUUUCUGGGCUGGGAUUGUGCCCUAAAACAAAAAUACUGCCAGUGGGGAGGAGAAACAAAAAACCUCAACUUUCACUGCAACUUUUUGACUUAGUGGUUUCUUCAAGCAGUUCACCAGUGCUGCAUUCCUCAGUCCCAAUCCAGAGACAAGUGUUUGAAUCCUAUAAUGGCAAAUGGGGAAUUUAACUUCAAGUAAUUAAGUAAAUCUCAAAUAAUGGUAAUAACAAAACUAUCAAUUGUUGGGGGGAAAAAGCAUCUAAUGUUCUUCACUGAUCUGGCUUGUAUCACCAGACAUACCAAUAUGGUUAAAAUUCAGCUAUCGCAAGGGCAAUACGGGAUGGACAAUGAAUGCCAGCCUUGCCAGUGAUAUCUACAACUUAUGAACAAUAGAAAAAAAGGGCACUAUUACCAUGAUCCCAGGUAAUAUAUUGGGGUUCUGUUUUACAACUCACCAGCAAGUGGCAAUUCCCUCUGACGGCAAGGCAAGCAAGAUUGUGGAUUCGAGGAAAAACUCCUUUUUUUUUGGGCAAGAUGACCUUUCUAGUAAAGGAUAUAGUUAUCCAGUGAGUAGAAGUAGCACCAAAAUACUUUGCAUAUUA